GUCGUACUUGUCAAGACAAGGAUAUGAUGGAUAUUGAUAUGAAUCAAGAUGAAACAUUAAAUGAAACAUUAGAUGAGUCAAAUGAUCGGUUGACAUUAAAUCAAGCAAUUGAAAUAUUAUCAAUUGCAGAAAAGCAAAUGACAGAUGAAAUUAAUGUUAUGGAGAUGGAAUGUAAUGAAUUGUUUCAGGAUAUUCAAAGGAUAAAUGAGGACAUGAGCGAUUUGAGAUAUGGUAGAAUUGGACCAAAAGGACUUAAUGAAGUCGAUAUUAUCGAUGAUUUGAAG